AUGAUGUUCGUCAAGAUCACCGUCGUCACUGCCAUUGCGGCUCUCAUCAAUGCAGCUCCUGCCCCUCUCAAGCAUGUUCUCCACGAGGAGAGGUCCAUGCCCCCGAGAGAUUGGGUCAAGGGAGCCCGCAUCGAGAAGACUGCUGUGAUUCCAAUGCGAAUUGGCUUGACCCAAACCAAUUUGGAGAAGGGUUAUGACUACCUUAUGGAGGUAUCCGAUCCCGAUUCCGAGAAAUUCGGCAAGCAUUGGACCCCUCAGGAGGUUCACGACAUGUUUGCACCAGAAGAAGAAACCGUCGCCAACAUCAAGGAAUGGCUUACCGACUUUGGCAUCCACGGAGCUCGAAUUGUCCAUUCCGAGAACAAAGGAUGGGUCGCCGUCGAUGUCACUGUAGAGGAAGCGGAAGAACUGUUUCAAACAGAGUUCUAUGAACACGAGCAUCAAAGUAGCCCGAAGACUCGAGUUGGGUGUGAUAAGUAUCACCUUCCGGAGCAUCUUACCCCUCACAUCGACUACAUCACUCCUGGCGUCAAGCUCACUCCGGUGGUGAAGCGGACAGUUUACACCAAACGUGGAUCACCAUGGGCAGUAAAGUCGCCCCUCCGCGUCCAGGUCGAGGAUGCCACGCCAGUUCCAUCUUCACUUGCCAACUGCAGCACGCAAAUGACACCGACUUGUAUCAAGGCUUUAUACAGCAUUCCAGAUGCGACCAAGGCAACCGGAGACAACUCUCUUGGAUUGUACCAACAAGGGAGUUACUUUGCCGAAUCCGAUGUCGAUGCAUAUUUCGCGAAAUAUGCCACUUACGUUCCUCAAGGAACUUUCCCCAUCAAUGCAACCAUUGAUGGAGCUUCAUAUUCCGUUCCUGCUUCAAGUGUUCUCAAUUCUGGCGAGGCGAAUAUUGAUAUCGAGAUGGCAACUUCUCUCAUCUAUCCGCAGACGGUUACUCUUUACCAGACAGACGAUGAUAUAUACGAACCUAAAGAAGUAGCAACCACUAAUGUCUUCAACACCUUCCUCGACGCCCUCGAUGGAUCAUACUGCACCUACACCUCAAACGGUGAGACCGGAAACGACCCAACCUACGAUGCAGUCUACCCACACAACGUUCCCGGAGGAUACAUGGGCCAGCUUCAAUGUGGUGUCUACACUCCUACAAAGGUCAUUUCAGCAUCCUAUGGCCAAGCAGAAGCCGAUCUUCCAGCCCCAUACGUGCUCCGCCAAUGCAAUGAGUUUAUGAAACUCGGCCUUCAAGGACACUCCAUUCUCUUCGCAUCUGGAGAUUACGGCGUGGCUUCCUUUCCGGGAGAUAUCAACACUCCGGGCACAACUGGUUGCCUUGGCGCCGAAGGCCUCAUCUUCAACCCUCAAUACCCCUCUGGAUGCCCGUACGUGACCUCAGUCGGCGGAAGCCAACUUCAGGCGAACGGAAGUGUUUACGAUCCCGAGACUGUCAUGCAGGAUAACUUGGGUGGCACAGCUGUCAAUUUCUCCUCGGCUGGCGGCUUUUCCAACUACUUCCCUCGCCCAACGUAUCAAGAUGGCCACGUCGAAACUUACUUCCAUCGCGCGCACUUAACCUAUCCAUAUUACUCUGAGUUGAAUGUGAAUGUCAACACGACGACUGGUAUCUACAAUAGAAUCGGCAGAGCCUAUCCGGAUGUUUCUGCCAACGGAGCGCACUUCCCGUCCUACCUUGACAGCACUCUGUACCAUUUUUAUGGCUCAAGUUUGGCGUCGCCUCUGUUUGCUUCCGUUUUGACUUUGCUCAAUGAGGAACGAGCUGCUAUUGGCAAAGGCCCUGUUGGUUUUGUGAACCCAACAUUGUACCGGAACGACGAAGUCUUGAACGAUAUUACUUUGGGCACUAAUCUUGGAUGUGGUACUCAAGGAUUCCAUGCUGUCAAGGGGUGGGAUCCAGCAACUGGGUUGGGCACACCAAACUAUCCCAAGAUGUUGGCUUUGUUCUUGUCUCUGCCAUGA